ACCUCGCUGCUCAGCCGGGUUCUACGCUCGAGUCAAACCCGACGCGACAUCCCGCUCAUCCCCGGUUCUGCCCCGCGACAUUUAGCGGCUUGUGAGGGCUACAGCAUUUCCAUAUAACCUACCGAUCACCGUUCCAGCGUCGCCUCCCCAUUCAUCCCAUCCCAUCCCAUCCCAUCCCAACCCAACCCAACCCGCGUGCACGAGAUCAUGAAGACCUUAUUCCGGCUUGGCUCGAUGGCGACUCCGCGGGCGCGCGCGCUCUGGCUGACGGCGCUGUUUGCGGCUCUUUCCCGCACGGUGCACGCUGCGGGGCCCGUGGUGCGCUGUGAGCCGUGUGACUCCGGUGCGCUCGGUCAGUGCAAGCCGCUGCCACGUGACUGCACCGAGAGGGUGCGCGAGCCGGGCUGCGGCUGCUGUCUGACGUGUGCGCUGCGCGAGGGCCAGGCGUGCGGCGUGUACACGGGACGCUGCGGCGCCGGACUGAAAUGUCAACACCGGCCCGGUGAGAGCAAACCGCUGCAGGCGCUGCUGGAGGGAAGGUGUGUGUGCACCAGAGCUACGGACAGAAAACCCCCGGUGACCGUCGAUCACCCUGAGGAACCUGUAGAGGAACAUCUGCCUACCACUACCAUUGCAGCAGUCAGCAUGGGCACUGAGGUGGUGCAGGACACAGCAACAGGUUCAGGGGUUGAAGAGGGUCUGCACAGAACAGAGCUGGAUCCUAAAGGGUCUCUGCUGCACACUAAGCUCAUCAUGAUCCAGAUGGAGGAGUUUAAGCAAAAACAGAUGCAGAAAGUGGAGCCAGUGGUCAAGGGAGUCCACCCUGAUAUCCACAAUUUCAGCCUGGCAUCCAAAAGAGAGACCGAGUAUGGCCCGUGUCGCCGAGAAAUGGAAAGCAUUUUGAAGAGUCUUAGGAUAUCCAGCGUGAUAAACCCUCGAGUUUUUCGCAUUCCUAAUUGUGAUCAGAAAGGCUUCUACAAGAAGAAACAGUGUCGUCCAUCCAAAGGCCAUAAACGCGGUCAGUGUUGGUGUGUGGACAAGUACGGACAGCCUCUACCAGGCUACGAGGCCAAAGAACAAAGCCAGGUCCACUGUUCCAACCAGGAAACUAAAUGAGAAAUGCAGGAGAGACUGGAGGAAAAUGGGAGAGGGAGGAAGAGCCCCUCUGAAUGGUAUGAAUCUACAAUGAAAUGGGUGAAAAGGGAGAUUUUUUUAAAGGCGGUGCCAUAUUUCUGAGUACCCCACCUAUGCACCGGAGCAGGGACUCAUCAGGUCACUUUCACACAUCAGGGGAGUCGAGUCGA